AUGGCUGCUUCUUCUCUUAAAUCUGCAGCUGGUUUUCUGCAACUGAAGAAGCCUCAAAAUCCAUUGCUUCUGCGCUCUCCAUCUCAAGCAUCCACUCUUUCACUCAAGAAAUUUACCCCAAUGGCUGCUCUCACCACCACCCCAGCCGUCGGUCUCUCCCAAACCUUCACGAAGUUGAAGGAGCAAGGCAAGGUUGCAUUGAUCCCUUACAUCACUGCUGGUGAUCCCGAUCUAUCAAUCACAGCAGAAGCAUUGAAGGUACUUGAUUCUUGUGGUUCGGACAUAAUCGAAUUAGGUGUGCCAUAUUCUGAUCCAUUAGCAGAUGGUCCAGUUAUACAGGCUGCAACCACCCGUUCCUUGUCAAAGGGGACCAAUCUGAAUUCAAUUGUUUCAAUGUUGAAGGAGGUGAUUCCACAAUUGUCUUGCCCAAUUGCUCUCUUUACGUACUAUAACCCAAUAUUGAAGCGUGGAAUUGGAGAAUUCAUGUCCACCAUUAGAGACGUUGGUGUACAUGGGCUUGUGGUUCCAGAUGUUCCAUUGGAAGAGACGGAAAUUUUGAGAAAGGAAGCUGUGAAACAUAAUAUUGAAUUGGUAUUACUAACUACGCCCACUACGCCAAUUGAUCGGAUGAGGGCCAUUGCUGAAGCUUCAGAAGGAUUUUUGUACCUGGUGAGCUCGAUCGGAGUUACCGGUGCCCGUGCAUCUGUGAAUGAACGAGUUCCUGCUCUUUUGAAGGAAAUUAAAGAGGCAACGUCAAAGCCUGUAGCAGUUGGUUUUGGCAUCUCAAAGCCCGAACAGGCGAAACAGGUAGCAGGAUGGGGAGCUGAUGGUGUCAUUGUUGGCAGUGCAAUCGUGAAGCUGUUGGGUGAAGCCAAAACUCCUGAGGAAGGGUUGAAGGAACUAGCAAUUUUCACCCAAUCUCUAAAACUCCUCUGA